AUGCAUCAAACGAAGCUGUUGAACAAUACGUACCAAGUGAAAACCGAUGGUACAUGGCGGAACCUCUACCUCAUGCAGUUGCGAAUUUGGCAGCUUAUAAAGCGCUAUUUCCGCGAUGUUCAACAGCUCUCCUCAAUGAAUUUUGAAAACAGAUGGGUCUUGAGAUCCGCUCUGAACUUCGUAAGUGAUGGAGAAGUAGUAAGAGAAGUAGGUAGAGAGUUCCAGAGAAAAGGACCAGAAAAAGCAAAAGCAGAUUUGGCAAAAGAGUGUUUAACACGAGUUAAGAAAAAGCGAGAAGACGAUCGUAAACCGGGGCGUUUAGGGCUAGCUGGCAAUCUCUUUGCAGUUGCUGGUUGCCUCGCAAAUUACGACAUCGCGGUCGGCUUAACUCCAGCUGUUGAACAAUACGUACCAAGUGAAAAUUUUGACCAGCGACAUCUUUCUGUUUCAGUCGCUGGGAUACGACGCACAAUGUAA